CGGACACCACCUCCGUGCUGGAGCGCGGCUCCUCCUCCCCGCGCGGAGCGGCUGAUUCAGCGCGCCCGGCUCUCUCCCCGCCGCAGCGCCCGACUUGGUUCAGCCCGGGGCAGGCGCUCACAAUAAGCCCUGUCCCCUUGGAAGAGCCUCGCUUCAGCCUCUCCUUUCUCCCUCCCACUGCCGCUGCGCACUGCUUGGCUCCGGCUGGGCCCGGGCGGCGGAGGAGGCUCCACGAGUUCCUGCUCCCGGGCCCGGGGCGCGCACACGGGGCUGUCCGGCCGGCGGGUGCGCGCAGGGGGUGCCGUGCGCGAUCCUCCGAUGCCGCGGUGAGAUGGCAUCAUCCUGCGCGGCGGAGCGCGGCGCGGAGGGGUGAGCAGCCGGCGGGAGAGAAAGGAGAAGGAGAAAAAGAUAUGCAGAGGAGCAGGCUCCACAUGGGCAGAACUUUGUCACGAGUUGUUUCAGAAACUGUCUUGUGGGCUGCACUAGGCAUGAGGACUGAGAGAUCAGAGGCUAAAGCCUAAACUUCUGACAUGGCCACAGCCUCACCAAGAACUGAUACAAGUAACAACCGUAAUGGAAGGUUACAGAUGCAAGUGACAGUUUCUAGUGCCAAACUGAAACGGAAAAAGAAUUGGUUUGGAACAACUUUCUACACUGAAUUAACUGCAGAUGGAGAAAUCAAGAAAACAGCAAAAUCAAGUAGUUCUUCAAAUCCAAAGUGGGAUGAACAGCUGACAGUGAAUGUGACUCCACAGACUACGCUGGAAUUUAGAGUGUGGAGCCAUCACACUUUAAAAGCAGAUGCUUUAUUAGGAAGAGCCACUGUAGACUUGAAACAAGCUUUGGAAAUACACAAUAGAAAAUUGGAAAAGGUGAAAGAACAGUUGAAAUUAUCUUUGGAAAACAAGAGUGGCAUGGUGCAAACAGGCGAACUGACAGUCGUGUUAGAUGGUUUGGUUGUUGAACAAGAAUCUCUUACAAAUCUCAGUUCACCAGCAACCAUAGAAGUUCAGCAAAAUGGAGAGGCUGUGCAUGAAAACAGAGAUGCUUCGGCAAGAAGUGCAUCAAGGUCUGCUUGUGAUGUUUCUAAUGGGAAUGACAAUCAAGUACCUUCAGACUCUGUGGUACAGAAUGCAUUCUGUAUCGAAGCUGUUAAUGGAAACAACUCACCAUCUCCCAUACAUGUUGCAGCCAGACCCAAAAAUACACCUGUACCAAAACCACUCGGAACUGAGCUUGUCAACAGCACUGUUAAUGGUGAGACAUCUUCCUCUGUACCAGAAACUGGUAAUUCUUCUGUCUCUGAAGCUAUGGUAGGUUCAGAAGCUCCCAUGUCUACAGAUUGCACUAACACUACAGCAGAACCUCAAUCAACAGAAGAAGCAGCUAGCUGUUCUGAAAGCCACACUUCUACGCUAUCCGUUGUGUCUGCUGGACUAGAAGCUUCAACUACUACAGACUGUGCUCAGCCUAAUACCAUAAACAGUACAGCAGCAGAUGCAGCAAAACCAAGGGAAUCCUCCUCAGCCUCAAGUGCAUCAGGAGAGCCUGUAAGACAGCAGACUGUUAGUGCUGGCUCAGAACCUUUACCAGCAGGGUGGGAGCAAAGAAAGGAUCCUCAUGGGAGAACCUAUUAUGUUGAUCACAAUACACGAACUACAACGUGGGAAAGACCACAGCCCUUGCCUCCUGGCUGGGAAAGAAGAGUUGAUGAUCGUGGAAGAGUUUACUAUGUGGACCAUAACACCAGAACAACGACAUGGCAGCGGCCAACGAUGGAAUCAGUCAGGAACUUUGAGCAGUGGCAGUCUCAGCGUAAUCAACUGCAGGGAGCUAUGCAACAAUUUAACCAACGAUACCUCUAUUCGGCUUCGAUGUUGUCAGCAGAGAAUGAUCCACUUGGGCCUUUGCCACCGGGGUGGGUUUGUGUGUGUUUGUUUGUUUGUUUGUUUGUUUUCUCUUUUUCCCUAGAAAGGAGAGUGGAUUCAAAUGAUAGGGUGUAUUUUGUAAAUCAUAACACAAAGACAACGCAAUGGGAAGACCCUCGAACUCAGGGUUUACAAAACGAGGACCCUCUUCCGGAGGGCUGGGAAAUCAGAUACACUAGAGAAGGUGUACGAUAUUUUGUUGAUCAUAAUACAAGAACUACCACCUUCAAUGAUCCUCGUACCGGGAAGUCUUCUGUAAAUAAAGGGCCACAGAUUGCCUAUGAGCGUAGCUUUAGGUGGAAACUUGCUCAUUUCCGUUACUUGUGUCAGUCCAAUGCACUGCCAAGCCAUGUGAAAAUCAAUGUAUCCAGACAGACUUUGUUUGAGGAUUCCUUCCAGCAAAUUAUGGCAUUAAAACCCUAUGAUUUGAGGAGAAGAUUAUAUGUUAUAUUCAGAGGAGAAGAAGGAUUGGAUUAUGGUGGAUUGGCAAGAGAAUGGUUUUUCUUGCUCUCCCAUGAAGUACUGAACCCUAUGUACUGCCUAUUUGAAUAUGCUGGCAAGAGCAACUAUUGCCUACAGAUAAAUCCAGCGUCAACAAUCAAUCCUGACCAUCUUUCAUAUUUCUGUUUCAUUGGGCGUUUUAUUGCCAUGGCAUUGUUUCAUGGGAAAUUUAUUGACACCGGUUUUUCUUUGCCUUUCUACAAACGAAUGCUGAGCAAGAAACUUACUAUUAAGGAUCUAGAAUCUAUCGAUACUGAAUUUUACAACUCACUAAUUUGGAUAAGGGAUAAUAACAUUGAAGAGUGUAACUUGGAAAUGUACUUCUGUGUGGAUAUGGAGCUUUUAGGAAAAGUAACCUCACAUGAGCUGAAAUCAGGAGGUUCCAAUAUCUUGGUAACUGAGGAGAACAAAGAAGAGUAUAUCGGGCUCAUGGCUGAGUGGCGAUUUUCUCGGGGAGUUAGAGAACAAACCAAAGCUUUUCUUGAUGGUUUUAAUGAAGUUGUUCCACUACAGUGGCUACACUACUUUGAUGAAAAAGAGCUGGAGGUUAUGCUCUGUGGUAUGCAAGAAGUUGAUUUAGCAGACUGGCAAAGGAACACUGUUUAUCGUCAUUAUACGAGGAAUAGCAAGCAGAUCAUGUGGUUCUGGCAGUUUGUAAAAGAGACAGACAACGAGGUUCGCAUGCGACUUCUGCAGUUUGUCACUGGCACUUGUCGGUUACCUCUGGGUGGAUUUGCUGAACUUAUGGGAAGUAAUGGUCCUCAGAAAUUCUGCAUUGAAAAAGUUGGUAAGGAAACUUGGUUACCAAGAAGUCACACUUGUUUUAAUCGUUUGGAUUUGCCACCCUAUAAAAGCUACGAACAACUGAAAGAGAAGCUGCUCUUUGCCAUUGAAGAGACGGAGGGAUUUGGUCAAGAGUAGAAGCAGCUUCUAGCCCAGAAGGAGACUUUGCAUAUUAAAAGGCUCAGCCAACUAAAAUUGCACACUUAAUUGUAUAUAAGCUUUUUGUUCUGUACAGUGAUCUUUCUGGAACUCUAAAAGUAGAAUUGUUCUCCGUUCUUCCACAAAGAUAUGCAAAACAGUUCAGCCUUUUCUACUUUUAUUUAUUGCCCUUCCAAAAGACCAGAAAAAUCCCUCCUAAAUGUUGAAAGCAGACAAGAGUCUUAUUUAAAAUAUAUAUUAAAAAUAUAAAUAUAUAUACUAAUAAGCUCUAGUUUUAUAGAGCUUUAAGUGUAUGAAAAGUCGCAGCCAUUUAAAAGGGCCUGGAUUUGCUUUAUCUUGGCUUUGUUAUUUAGAAAAAUGUUUAAACUGCUCUGUGUUCUCUCUUAAGAAACAUCUCCAAGUUUGUUUUAUUGCAUGGCUGUUCUAAAAGGUGUUAAAGGCUUAGGCCAAACGUAUCCUAAAUAUGUAGAAAGAUGCUGCUGGUAUUUGAGACGACAGAAUAUGAUGUUCUGUCAGUUUAAUUUUUUAAAAUACAUUAAUAGCUGAUAUAUCUCUCUUUACUACACUGAUGUAGCCAAGGUCAUUAAUAAAGCCUUUAUUACUUGCACAAGAGUAAUGUACAAUAAGAUGAAUGUGAUUUAAUGUUGAAAAGAAUUGGUGCCACUGUUCUGACUUGUUGUAGGAGCUGAACAGAAUAUUUUGAUUCAUUUGAGCAGCAUUGAAAUUUGUUUACAUAUUGCCUUGGGUUAUUACCACGAGGAUGUUAGGUAAUCUUCAAAGAAAAAAUAAUAAUAAAAGAGAAACUAUUACACAUUU